AUGGGCAAUCUCGAUUCAUUCCAUCAUGAUCCGAAACUAACGAGGGGAGAAGGCAUUGAUGAAGAGCCAGCACGGCCGCUCUCGACGCCGUCACUCCCCCGGGCCGUUUACGAAGAGGCCGAGUAUAAGGAGGACCACGGAGAUGAUGACGACAUAGAAAGGAGCGAGGAGGAAGGGGAGAACCGGCCACCAGACCUGCCAUUCGCCCCCAUCCCUCCCACAACUACCCGUCAACGCUCGUCAAAGACAAAGCUACCUCCACACCGAAGGCGACGAGAGCGUGCCGAAUAUCAUGGAACCAGCACACGCGAUGCCUCGCCAACAGACGACAGAUUCUCGCAUCAGGCCGAUCCCAACUAUGUUCUACAAAGCGGCGGCAACUUUCGGGGGAGCACAACUACACACCGUCUUCCGACCGGUCCAGGCACGAAUCGCGGUCUCGGCCCAUUCCGCAAGCGCAAGCGCAAGGGGCCGACAUCCCCAUACGAGCCUGCGAACGGCGGAUCGCAACCCAGGUCGAUUCCAACUACGAGCCCGAUUGGGGAUUCUAAUUACGUCUCGGGAGACGAGCGUGGCGGCGGACAGGAUUGGAGAGUUUCGGAUCCGGGCGUAGGCGCCGAAACCCACUCUCCGGCCGGGGCGUAUUGGGAUGCAACGAGAGGCACACCGGUUGACGACACGGCCACCCCUACCGGUCUCAUCCCUCAAGAGUACAAGAUUCCCAAGACCGGCGAGGUCCAGGUUCGGGCGGGUUCUGGGAAACCCACAGUACGGAGGAGCUCGCGAUCGCCAUAUCCGACCGGGCACCUGCCGUUCCAAAAAUGGGCGGCCCCGGACGGGCUCACAGAGUCCCAGAAGCGCGAAUUACAAGGGCCCAGCCCGGAGAAUCUCAACCGAAAGGGCCUGUGGAACCACAUCUUCGAUAUCGCGUUCCAGGGGCACAUGUUGCCACCGCAGUCCCCUUACGUGUACAAACCUCUCCAGCUGGAAAUCUACGCGUACAGGGAGUAUCUAGAUAUCUACGGAGCCCGCGUCAUCUCGGACGUGGUCACGUUUGGGGGCAAGGCGACCUGGAAUCUCCCCGACGAGGAGCGCGACCGGGCGGCCUUGCAGCACAUCACGCUCAAGGAAGGCAUCUGGGAGAUGGUGGAGAAGUUCAUGGGGCCCCAACACGGAAGAGCCGGGGCCUCGGACCCGCGUAGCCCUCAUGGCCAGGCCGGGACUUCCCUGGGGCCCUCUGCAAACAGGAGCAACUCUCGAAGGCAUCGCGAUCCAGCAACUUCAGGUCGUGGAGGUGGCCGGUCCACGUUCCUCGACCUCGCCAUGCCUGGCCCAACCGGUCGAAGUGAGGCCGCCUCCUCGUCAUACAUACAUCUCCACAAGCUGUCCCCUUAUCCUGCCGGCACGACACUCACCACCUACUAUUGGCACCGCGACGUCUGUCACGACGUCUCGACCACGGUGUCGACCACCAAGACCGUCAUCCAAUCUUCAACUACCACCACGACCAAGCCCCCAACCCAGACCAUCUACUCGACCGUGCCGGUCCAAGGAUCUCCUACUACCACCACUACCAUUAGUACAAGCACGGCCAUCGUCACGGAAUACAUCGAGACCGUGGUUGAGCAAAACGCGGCUCCUACAGUGUAUUCUACAAGACACGUUAUAACCCAACCAACUAUCACCACCACCGUAAAAAAGCGAGAUAUCGCCGGUCAACUCAAGGCAUACGCCACCAAGGUCGUCUCCAGCGCUUGCAAUUGCUACGUGACCGCCCCUACCACUACCAUCUACGUACAGACCGUCGUCUCUACCGCCAAGGCCACCUCCACACUCUCCUUCAAGACUACCGUGACCUCUGUGGUCAAGACCAUCACCCAAGGCCCACCGAGGCCCGGUACCUCGACAGUCUUCACCACCGUCCCCGGCGCGACCGACACCGUGACGACCACCACCGUCGUGGACUCCACCGUCCCUGGAACGACCACGCGCACAGAAGUCAUCACUCCUACGGCCUUCGUGUCAGGCCUCCAGUUUAUUCGGACGGGUACCUAUAUGAGCUAUUGUAAGCCGCAGGGCUACCUCGCUGUCCAGUUAGCGCCCGCCGCCCUCUCCUCCGAGGAUACGUUCCAGUUCUGCGCGUCUCUAUGCGCCCAGACAAGUGGGUGUACCCAGAUCUUCGUGGGCACUCCGAAUCCCCAAAACGCUGGUGAACAGGCCCUUUGCUUCAUCGGAGGCGUUGCCCCUGUUGCUCCUCGGCAUCUGGCCGCCCGUGUUCCCGAGCUCAGCAAGACGUACUGGACAGCUAGUGACAUAUCCUGCAACCAAGUGUUAGUAAAUGGGGUUGGGACUUGGUAUGAUAGAUAUUACGGCGCUGUUGCCACCAUGACCGAGGAAUGA